AUGGCCAUUAUUUCCCUUUCCCGGGUCUUGCUUGUGGCCCUGUUAGCCGCCACCAACGUCAUCGGCAACCCUAUGAAUACCGGCUCGAACUCAGACAUCACCUGCAGUCUCGUCCGGUGCCGGGCUGGCACGACUUGCAAAGAGAUCGAUGGUGCAGCGCAAUGCAUCAAGGGCGUGGAGUGUGGUAGCACCGUGUGCGAGGCUGGCCUGUCGUGCUGCAACCCAUCUUGCGGUAUCUGUGUAAAACCUGGCAUGGCGUGUACUGCUCAGGUUUGCGCCAGGGAAGCCCCUCCCAGCAAGGUACAAUGCGGCCAGGCCGUCUGCGAAGCCGGGCAGGUGUGCUGCAACGCCGAUUGCGGGACCUGUGUCGAAGCCGGGAUGCCCUGUACACUGGAGGUUUGCCCUCCGCAGGAAGGCAAGUGCGGCGACACGCUCUGCACCGAGGACGAAUUCUGCUGCAACCCGAGUUGUGGUAUCUGCGCUCCCCUGGGUGGCCAAUGCACCCAAGAACUGUGUUCCUCCGAGUAA